AUGAACGGCAGGCGAACGCCAAUCAGAGUUUCGCGUUCGAUCUUUUCGGAGAUCUUCGCGCGGUCGCACAGUGUUCUUAGUCAGAGUACGACGCGAGAGUACGCGUACGGACUCACGGAGGCCGUUCUCGUGUCGGAGCUCGGAAGUCGAAACUCGCCCAGAUCCGGGCUCGCGCGGGGCAUGGACGCGCACGCGCUCGCGCGCGCGCCCGUCCCCGGCGUCUACCUCCUCUACGACUUCGACACCGCCGCGGAGGAGUCCUACCUCCUCUCGCGCGUGGACAACGAGCCCAAGACGAGGUGGACCACCGUGAGCGACCGCCGCGUGCUGCAGUUCGGCGGGAGACCCACCGCGACGAAACACGGCAUGAUCGCGGAGAAGAUCCCGGAAUGGCUUUUAGAUGCGUUCUAUACACUGGUCCCCAUACGACCCCAUCCGCGUGUCAGAGAAGACCUCAACCACGUCCUCGUGAACGCGUACGAGCCCGGGCGCGGGAUCAUGCCGCACGAGGACGGACCGCUGUACGACCCCGCGGUCGCGAUCGUGUCGCUGGGAGCGUCCGCGACGAUGCGAUUCACGCCGAGACGACGCGACGACGCCGACGCCGACGCCGCGGACGGCGGCGGCGGGCGCGCGAGCGACGCCGCCGCGGCGUUCGGGGUGUGGCUGCCGCCGAGGUCGCUGCUCGUGUUCACCGGCGCCGCGUACACGGAGUAUCUUCACGGGAUAGAGGACGUCGCGGAGGACGUCGUCGACGAGAGCGUCGCCAACCGAGACGCCGCCGCGAAGGCGGUCGGCGGCGGCGGCGGCGCGGACGGCCCCUUGGUCAUCCCGCGAGAGCGCGCGAGGGUGUCGCUGACGUGCCGCCGCGUCUUGAAGACGAGGAAGAUCCUAGCGUUCUAG